GCAAGCCCGUGGCCGGGGCGGCGGAACGGGCGGAGGCUCACGGUUUCGUAACCGUCGCACCUCCUCGCUGGCUCGAGGGCUGCAGGGCCUGUGUCGGGUCGGGCCGCACGGGGCCGCUCGGAGUGGAGGCCGCCUGGGGGCGGGCGGGCUGGACGCGCAGGUAUAUGUGAAGACUUUUUUUUGGCAGUUUAGUGUGGAAACCAUUGAUCACCUUGCCUUCAUUUCUACCUGCUCUUUGUUGGCAAGGCAGAGUGCCCAAAUGAGCAAGAUUUCGCAGCAAAACAGUACUCCAGGAGUGAAUGGAAUAAGUGUUAUUCAUACUCAGGCACAUGCCAGCGGCUUACAGCAAGUUCCACAGCUGGUGCCUGCUGGCUCUGGGGGAGGAGGCAAAGCUGUGCCUCCAAGCAAGCAAAGCAAAAAGAGCUCGACCAUGGAUCGAAAUAGUGAUGAGUAUCGUCAACGCAGAGAGAGGAACAACAUGGCUGUGAAAAAGAGCCGGUUGAAAAGCAAGCAGAAGGCACAAGAUACACUGCAAAGAGUGAAUCAGCUCAAAGAAGAGAAUGAACGGUUGGAAGCAAAAAUUAAAUUGCUGACUAAGGAAUUAAGUGUACUAAAAGAUUUGUUUCUUGAGCAUGCACACAACCUUGCAGACAAUGUGCAACCCAUUAGCACUGAAAAUACAACAGCAAAUUCUGAUAAUGCAGAACAGUAGACCUCACCCUUUCUAGACUUCACAACUUGAGGCUUGAACAUUAAAGGUGUGACCACCUACAUCACUCAUAUCAAUGGCUGAGUGUUGUUUUGUUGCAUUAUUCAAAGAUCCAUAGGAGGUCAUUUUCUAGGAUCAGCACUGAAGAAUUGAUUAGUUAAAAAUGUUAGCCAUGUAAUUGAAUAUCUGGUUUAAAAUGAUACGGAUUUUUGUGAGGAUCAAAAACCAAAAAUUUUUAAGGUUUAUAAAAAAUUAUAUAUAUCCUGGACCUUGAUGUGCUUAAUAAAUCCUGACUUCUCAAGAAAUGCUUCUUUUUUAGGUUGACAAAAGCAAUGGGAAACUGGUAGGUCAUGCACAAGAUUCUUGGUUUUAAUGGAUAUGGUUAAUUGUAUUAAGAAAAGUUGAAUGCCAUCUAUGUUAAUCUAUUUGUGAUUUUAUUCUAAAUUAUGUAUUAUAAAUCCUUAUGGCUAUAGAAACCAAUCACUCUGUAUUUUGGAGUGAUUUUAUGUAUAGCAUAAACCUUGUUUUAUCAUGAUUAAUACUGUUUUCCCCAACAAGUACAAGUUUUUGAAUAGUGAUGUCAGGUUAAGAAACCUCAUCACAUCUUAAAGGCAGUAUGUAGCCAAUUAUUGGCUUAAAAAUACGGAUAACAUUUAGGAAGCAAAUAGAUUUUUUUAAAAAAUAAAAAUAAAGCAUAUUAGAAUUAUGCUUUGGGGGAUACCUUUGGGUUACUGGGUCGGCAUCAUUUUGUGUCCUAAACAAAAGAGGUCAGUCGUUUAGAGAAACUUUUAGUUUCUGCAGAUGCCAGUAAAAUAAGCAUUUUUUUGGAUACCAUUUUGACAGCCAAGUUAGUAAGCAAAAUGUCUUUAACAGUUUGAUGACAUAAGCUACUGAUUAGGACUUGGAAUAUUAAUUCAGCAGCUAAUUUCUCCUGUUUUCAGAAUAACUCUUGUUUGGCCAUGAUUUUUCAAAGAUAAAAAUUUCUUGUGAAGGAUCAUUUUGGUAUUUGAUCUUAACCAAGUGAUUAUUAGAAAAAUGUAUCAACUCCAUACCAUCUCCCAAAGUAGUCUAAGAAAACUUGAAAAUGUUAAGGUUUGAACCUUUAAUUUAUUUCACUUAAAUACAUCGUUUUAUAUCAUUUUUUUAACAUUUCUUUUUCUAGUUAGUGGGCUGUUCUUGCAGACUUUAUGUACCAUUGCUUCCGUUUAUUCAUUUGUAUGCUUUUAUUUCCUGUAAAUUAUUUUAGAAAGAAAAUGCUGAUCAAACUCAGGAUAUUGACAUUUUUGUUGACUAAAAAAAUGGCAAUCACUAAAGUAGGGAAUCUGGAGUCUGGCUGAUAUCAAUAUUGGUAGUUCAGAUUGUCUUGGUUGACUUUUUUUUUUUUUUUUUUUUUUAAGCACAAUUCUAGCUCAAGUUUGUUGGCUUUUGUGCAUUUAUUUGCGCCUAGGCUGAUGAGAAGGUACUGAGUCAUAUCUGAUUAAAAAGUUUGUGUUACCAGGUAUCUCAUCUGAACAUGGUCAUUUUUGGCCACAUUGCUAUUUCAUACUAGGACUUGGGAUAAUAUAACCAAAAUGUAACUCAAUUUGUACCCUUGGGUUGGUGGAAGAGUGCUGAGUGUGCUAGUCUCCCAGGCAGAAGACAUCAUAGUGCCCUGCAACUCAACAAAGCCAUUAUUAGGGCCAUGAAGCUCUUUUGAACAUAAGACAGAAGCCCAGUGUUGUUCCAUGAGAUGCUGCCCCAGGAGGGUUAUUAACUUCAUAUUGAGCCAGGAAAGGAUGGGGGUUUCUGUUAGGGUCCACUACCAGUUUACUUUGGUUGGAGUAUUGAUCUACGUUUUGAAUAACUAACUAAGACAUGCAGAAUCAUCCUGAAUCUUUAACAGCUAAUUGAUGUUAUAAUUAACUUAAUUGGUUGAUGCAGUUAGGUCACUUGAAUCUUUAAACACCUAUAGUAGGUGUUACAGACAUUUUAAUGUCUUAUUACUAAAAAUAUCUCAGAAAUUGAUGUCCCCAUGGAAUUUAUGGUUACUAAUUAUAUGAAUUGACUUAAGUAUCUUGAAGCUUGAGGGAAGUCAGCAGGUGUGUACACUCUUUCAAAUCAGAACAUAAAAUUGGAACUUUUGGAAAAAUUGAUUCAAGCUUUCCUAUUACCUAUGCAAAUCAAAACAUUAGCACAAGCAAGUAAUUUUGCAUAGAACAAAAAUGUUAACCAUUGUCUUGACUGUCAUACUGAAGUGGCUGGGAAUGAAAGUUUUUAGUUUGAUAGAUUUGUCAGUAUAAAAUUGGAUAAAACCAAGUAUGAGGAAUAAGUUUAGAGCUUUGGGAAUUGUAAAGUGACUUUUGUAACUUGUUCUUUGUGUUACCUAUGAACCAUUAGGAUUUGAUCUGCCUUUGUGGGCAGGUCCAGUGGUUUAGGAAUUAGGCUUUAGUAUAGAUUUUUAUCUACAUCUGGGUCUCCUGGGAUGGGUGCUUUUUCACUAGCUUUGGCUGCAGAUGGUUCAGAGCAGCUUUUCCAGCUUCUGGCCCCUUCUGGUUACUGGGAUACCAGCUCAGUUACUUUGGACAUUCUUAUUAAGAAGUAGUAAGAUUUUAACAAAGUAUGACCAGAUUUUUGAAAUUCUGGUAAUGAGUGUGAAAUUCUCAAAUUUACUUUAAAAAGUAGAAGUAUAUACAAUUUAAUAUUUGAUAUAAAGGAAAGGAAAUUGUAGCAGCUUUUGAUGUUUCUUAAUCCCCAUUAGAGGGCUUGAAACUUUGUAGCUAAAAAACCCGUUUAGCACUCAGAGUGCUUUUCGAUGCCUUAGAAAUAGAUAAAAAAAGAUUUUUAGUUAUCGGAAGCUAGGAUGUCUGAGAAAUUUCAUUAUAUAGCUAUUAGAUCUGCCUCUCAGGAAAAGUACUAACUUGUUCUUUUUGUUCCUGGCUUUCCUCAGUUUGUGAGAUUACUCUAUUUUUUUAAAUAUAAUUUUAUUUCUUUUAAUGAAUUUAAAAUAAAAAACCUU